CGGCCGGCUCAACCCGGAAGCGGAGCGGGGCCCGGAAGGGCGAGCGGGGGGAAACGCGUCCGGGCGGCGGCGGCGGGGCCGGAGCUGGCGGUGUCGGUGUGCGGGUGCCGGUACCGGAGUUGGAUUUCCACUUUCCUCUCCUAAUAUUGAUGGUCUUGAAAGUGCAUUUGGAUCCAAGACAUUUUCUAUCACCGAACAAAUCAAGAGCCUCCUCUCCUAUCUCAGAGCAGUACAGACAGUUUAAUAUCUUAUGACCUCACUUCUCCAAAUUAAAUGAAAAAAGAUUUUCCUCUAGCUUUCCAUGAAGCCCAGCUGCUGCCUGUUAAUUUUGACUUUUAGUGUUGAUCUUUCGAUUGGAUUUACACUGGAAAAUGUAGCUUCUAAUGGAACAUCUGCCUUUGGGUCUUUCAAUACAUCACUUCAACCGGUGCCUCAAGCUUUACUAAGUUCCCCAGCACACCAUGAUAUCAUAGCCAAAGAGGGGACCAGUAUUUUAAUUGAAUGUAAACUGAACAUCAGCCAAUAUGAAUAUAUCCUUUGGUAUAACUCCAGAGGACACCUGCUUGAACAGAAAGAUGAAGGUGGACGGUGGAAGAUUGCUGAUAAUUCCCUUAACAUCACAAAGGUCAGCUUUGCUGAUCGAGGGCGAUACACGUGUGCAGCCGUUAAUCGUAACGACACCUCGUACUACACAGUCACCCUGAGAGUUAUCUUCACCUCGGGAGACAUGAGUAUCUACUACAUGAUUGUGUGCCUCGUUGCCUUUGCUAUCACCCUCAUUUUAAACAUAACCCGUCUGUGCAUGAUGAGCAGCCACCUCCGCAAAACAGAGAAGGCUAUUAAUGAGUUCUUCAGGACGGAAGGGGCUGAGAAGCUUCAGAAGGCUUUCGAGAUAGCCAAGCGUAUCCCUAUCAUUACAUCUGCCAAAACGCUAGAGUUGGCCAAAGUCACUCAGUUUAAGACCAUGGAGUUCGCUCGGUACAUUGAAGAGCUUGCCAGAAGCAUUCCCCUUCCACCACUGAUCCUUAACUGCAGGGCGUUCAUGGAAGAGAUCUUUGAGGCUGUGCGAGUUGAUGACCCUGAUGAAGUCGGCGAGGAGGAAAAGCAAACCCAGGCGUGUGGUACCCAAGCUGCGAUAUACCCCAUCAACCCAGAGAUCAAGCGCAGCGAUUCGCCAGCCGGGGAUUCAGACGAUGGAUCCAUGAAUGAGCAAGGUCAAGAGAUAGCCGUUCAGGUGUCCAUCCACCCGCAGUCGGAAGUGCAGAGCAUCGACACUGUUUCUCAUGACAGCUGCCAGUUUGCUCCUUCUGAGGAAGGCACCUGCUGAGAGCAGCGACACACUUGUGAAAGAAGUGUGAGUGACUCUAGGACACUGUGAGAAAGGGAUCUGCAAACAAGCUGCCUCAUCCCAUGUGUGCAAGAGUUGUUUUUUUCCAAAUUUCAAGGUGCCAGAACUACUACUGAAAUCUGUAUUUUCCACCAGUGUUCCUCUGUGUUGAUCUAACAGUUUCAAGUCUGUUAGAGAAGGCCGUUUGAAAUAUCUGUGGCUUUUAUUUUUGAAGCAAGCUUACUAAACUUAAAAUAUUUACAAGACAGGAAUUCUUUGUCCUUGUCUCCUUGGUAGUUUCCGACACUUCUGAUCUGUAUUAGAAGUGGUCAAGCUGAGCAAAACAACUUGCAAUAAGAUCUUUUCCUUUGUGAACUCUUACUUCCUUCACAAAGCGAAACCAGAAUCCCUUUUAGCCAAUGUUACUGUCCUGAUGAGUUGUGUGCUCUUUUUGAAUUGCCUUUUGGUGCGUGUAGCCCGUCAGAACCACGGUGAGCUUGAACAAAUCUGUUUUGUGUGGUGUGCUUCUAUGUUGCUAUCACAAUGUACUGUACUUAGAAAAAGAAUGGUACCAGGAUCGGCUGGUGCAUGAAACGCAUUGGUAUAGUUUCAAAGCAGCUUAGAGAACAACCAGGGGAUCUCAGUUUUCCAUGCGUCUGCAGAAAACUUGUGUGUACUCCGGUGUGUGGAAAGCGAGUUGUUACAAAGCUUGUCACUUAACCUUGGUGCUGACUGCCAAAGCGCCUUACCCUGGUUCUGUCUUGCAGAGCAGUGAGCGGUACUGCUGGCACCGUCUGUCUUCUGCCUCUGCUGAUUUCACUCACUAUAGAAAAUCCAGAGUUUUGCGUUGUUUUUGACAUUGUUGUGAGAAAGGAAUGACAGUAAUCAUCUAGUGACAUAACUUAAACAUGAAUUUGUCUACAGAUGAUAUCUCAGGCAGUUCUUUCUGAGCAGAAUUAUAAUAAAAGAGGGGAAAAGCAACGACACUCACUUUGCUCUGGCUCAUACUUUCAGAAAGCAGCGGAAGAGAGAGAGCUUAGCAGAGGGGCUGACUGAGCUGCUUGCCCAGCGUUGCUUACAGGACUGGAGUAACUCGGUAGCAUGCCCUCUCCUGUCUGCCGAAGGAGUGGCAGAAGGGUGAGGUGCGAGUGCUCACAUCCCUGCCUACACAGCACAGAUGUACUGCACCGAGGAUCUCCUGCACGGCUUCCUCAGCCUUAGAGAUCCAGCCUUGUGGAAGUUGAGUGCAGACAAGAAUCAAGUUUCUCCUUUCACUCGUUGGUGCUGAUUUUUUUCUCCUUAGCAUUUAUAGGUUGUAUCACUUAAAUAGCAUUUUAUAUCCUGUUGAGAUUUAGUAGAUGUAAGGCUUGCAAGCACUCCAUAAAUUAAUUUUGUACAACUACUGGAACCAUAUUGCCAUAUAAUUUUAACAACUUGGCAACAGGAGCACCAUUUAAUUUCCCACAACUCUUUUUUCUUUUCCUUAUUAUUACAGAAAUGUCAGUUGAAAAGUGAUUCUGGAAGGCUGUUCAGGAUUCUUAACAGGAAUUGACACUACAUGACUAGAGAUGGAAAACAAGCAGGCACAGUGGUAAUAACAGGAUGGGGCCUCCUGUUGUAAUGCUUCCUCAUAAAAAAGGGUCUAAACAGAUUAUCAUAUCAUAUCAUAUCAACGGACGGGAAACUGAAGCAUCUAUUACUAUUUUAAAAUACCUCCUGGGGAAAGUUCUGCAGCCCACCACCGGUAAAUGCAGCCUGGGUGGCUUUGGCGUUUUGGGUAAGAGCUGUGUUUUUCAGGAAGAAUUAAAAUUGCUAGCCUUGGUUAUAGCAGUGCUCUGACCAACCUGGUGCCAUUUCCCAGUCUGUAGCAAACAUUAUCUGCUUCAGGGGAAUAAAGCCUGCUGUAGACACUUACAAUAGAUACUGCCCUCAGCAGUAACUUCUUAGCUUCCAUAGCUUGAUGGCACUUUAUGUCCAGGUGAGAAGUUUGUGUAGUUUUGUGUAACCUGUCUGGUUUCUUCAAAAGUUUUUGGUGAUCAGUGUUAAAAGAUACUCUUGUGGAUAAAGGCGUAGUUCUCUUAGAAGCCCUGCUGAGAUGCUGCUGGCUUCACUUCUGUACUACAGCCAGCUCUGCAGGUUUAUUGCACGUGCAUGAGUGUAGAUUUGGCGGUUUGCACCAUUUUUGGAUGUCCUGUUUGAAAGAGAUGGUGGCCGCAAGAGAGGAUAACCUGUUUUAAUCUCCUUUGUGCCACAUGCCUUUGGGAUUGUAUCCACACCUGCCUUUUUUUCCCUGAAACAGCUCUCCUUGCUUCUGUGAAGCUGUUGCAUUACAUGUAGCAGUAGCAUCUUUGACAUUUUCCCGCAUACUAUAUAUGCAAUGUAGAGGUGCAGCUACAAAAUCGAAGCUCCAUUUAAUUGCUUCUGAAGAAGCAGUUAUGCAACUGUGAUUGACAGAUGUCUCAUCAGACGUGGCAGCUUACAGGCAGCAGAAUGACACUAGAGGUGUGUCAGAUGGGUGUCAGGAGAGCAGUUUCUAGAUUAAUUCAAUCUGUUCUUUGAUUUUUAUACUUUAUUUACAUAGCUUCGAGUACUUACUAAGCACAGAUACUCAUUGUCUUCGUGUGUCCUUGUUGCUGCUGGAGAGGAAGGAAUGAUCGUACAUAAAGGUCCUCAGAAAUGCAGCUGCCAUGUCAAUUGCCAGAAUGGUAAAACUAAGAAUUGUCCUAAAUUAUUACAAUAUUUUGUUCACUGAAUUAAUUUCAUUCCUGGGAAUGAGGCUGUUUUGCAAGAAUUUCAGCAUAUCAGUGCUACUUAUUAAAUGUAGGAACUGAUUCUACUCCCACCGAACUCAAUUAGAGCAAAGUGGAAGCUCUAGUGUGUUUUACAACCAGUAUCGCAGGAUCUUUAUGCAUCUGAAAGCGAGGAUGGUGGUGAUGUUAUACAGUAAACGUAAUUUCCAGAGAAUGAAACCCGACAGUGGUUUCCAAACAACUUGUGAACUAUUCUUGUUACAUUAACUAGAUGUGUGCACUUAAAUUUGCUUGAUGUGACUAAUUGAAAAUUAACAUUGAAAGAUUCUGUAAACAUCAGUGUUUCUCUCUAACCUUUUGUAGCACAAGGAGAUUCUACAGUGGUUUCCUUGGUUUAAACUAAAUUCUUUGACAAUCGCAAGGCUAUUUUCUCUCUUCUUUGUAACUUCUUUUUAUUUUAAAUAACGUAAAAUCUACUUGCUACCCAAGAGUACCUAAAAAUAACUUUGUAGUGGUUAUUUGUAUUACAUGGAUUGUAAUGUAACUGUUUAAUGUAACCACAUAGGAUUUCAUACUUUCAUAAAAUGAAUUGGUAGAUUUGCAAAAUAAAUUAAAAACAAAAACCUUGUUUUGUUAGGGUUUUAUUUUUUAUUUUUUAUCAGUAAGGGGUGGUGAGCAACAGUCCGUCUGAGGUUAAGUAGCAGCUGUGUUCAACUCUGCAAAUGCUGUUAGCAACCCUGAUAAAGGUUGCCAGGACAUUCAGCCAUCUGACAGACAGUUCCUGCUAUGAUGUCUUUGGGUUUGAUGUUUUCCCUGUCUCAAAGUCCCCAGCAGCAUCUGUAGUAAUUGUUGCCAGCUGCAAAAACAAAUAGUUGCAGACCUGAAAUGGUCUCAGUAAGGCCCAUGCAUUCUCAGUUUCACUUUUGCAAGGUAAAAAGUUAAUUGUGGAGUGCAGGGACCCUCAGCCACAAACCUUUAUUUUCUAUUCUUACAUUUUUACAUGAUUGUACAAGUCUAUAGUAUAAUCACCUCUUUUUAUUUUAAUCCUCAGAAAAUUAUAUAUUUGGGGACAGCUCAUCUCAUAAAAGUCAGCACAAUACAAAUGUGGAGUUGCCAAAGUCUUCAAGUGACCAAGUCUACUGCUGUUUUCCCAGCAAGCUGCUGAGAUGGCAUAAAGAAACUUCUUCUUCUGUGCCUAGAGGAGCAUGUGGGCUGCUCUCACCUCGUGCUAACAGAGGUGUAGGUUUGACUUUGCCCUUCCUCUUUGCUAGCCAGCAGUAAGUUAAAUUACCUGGGGAAGGAAAAACAUCAAAGAGCAUGAGGGAGCGGGCCCACUCCACCUCAUUUUGGUGACUAGACUUCACCUCAUUUCAGUGGCCAGACUUGGAUUCCUGAUUGCUUUGCAAUCAAUUCAAAGCAUUAACUCUGCCCAGGGAUAUCCCAAGGCUGUAAGUGAGGAGCUGACCUAUCACCACUGGUUGCAGCAGGGAGCCCUAUUUCCCCUCUGAGUACCUGAUGCUGCACGGCUAUGAACAUCUUCUGUAUGGGCUUCUCCUGCAGCUCUGGGUGCCAGCCUGGAGCACAGAGUAAAAAUACCCCUAAAAAAGCUUAAAUUGCAAUUUCUCCCUCCCCACCCAAAAUACAGCAUCCUGAGAAACCCUCAAUAGUGUAGUCAGUGGGGUUGUUUGAGCAAACGAGAGCUGACUUUGCCCACGCUGUUUUUAAAGUCUCUGGUUGCCAGUCUCUGCACAAGGAAGAGAGUAGAAUUAAAGCUGAAUCUUGGGGAUUUUCCUGUGAGAAUCAGUUGCUUAAAGGAAGAAUUAUUGGACCCAUGCUCCUCAGGCUGAGUCAGUGUUUAGUCAGCAUCUGCUUUCUAUCCCUACAUUGUGAGAUAAGCAUCAAUGAUAAAGGGUCGUUUUCUUAGACUCCUGUAACUGGACUCCUCAUGAUCCUAACCACAGUGAAAAAGUUCAUCUGCAUGAGCUUACAGCACUUUUCCAUUUGGAUAACAACAGAUAAUUGAAAAGGGAGUUGGGUUAAGGGCAAUUGUACUUUAAUUUUGGGUUUGUUCCUUAAAAAAGAUAACCUUUCUCAUGUUGCAGCGCUCUUGUCUUGUGAGUGCAGUCUCCUGCAGGAGACGUGCUUUGGAGACACCACCAUAUCAUUCAACUCAGGCAAGUUACAGCUUUAUUGACUUCUGUUCAGCCAGGCCAUUUCAAACCAGCUGGGUAUCUCUUCUGUUCAUUUUUUAAUUAUACAGCAGCUCGUUCAGAUGUCCCCAAAUACUGCCAGCUUUUUUGCAUGUGGAAGGGAGGUUACACUAUCGCUCCC